AGGGGAAGUAUCCAGUAUGGUCGUGACAAUCGCGUAAAUCGUACAAAUCAAUACGAGAUAAGUAAGUCGCGAGAUUCAUGGGAAGGAUUCCUUACUGUUGUUCUUCUUUUGCGAUAGAUAAUUACCAAUGAUCGUUCGUGUAGUUUUUAAAUAAUUAUGUGUGAACUGGGUUCUACGAAUUGAAUUAUUGAAAAUCUAUCGUGAUUAUAUUAUUGCGUGAAAGUACUUAUUUCUGGUAGCAUGUCCCAGCGUUCGACGGAUCGCGAGAGAUUGUCUGAGAGCGAAGUUAUAUUUCUUGCCCCAUCUUCGGUGGUAAGAGAAUCUCGUAGUCGCUUCAAUCCAGAAUGGCGGCAAUGCCUAUCAAUUACUGUUGCAACGUUAACCAUGUUGCUAGUCGGUACAGUCAACGGAUGGACACUGGCUUCUGUUCGCACGGAAAUAGUCAAAGCCCGCAGAAUACCGCUAAGGUUAAUAUACGACGAAAGUUCAUGGAUCGUUCCUUUGACAGGAAUGAUCGGUUCACUUGUGGCUGCCCAGUUGGCCGAUCGCAAGGGUCGUAAAUACUGCCUCUUUCUAUCCAGCAUAAUGUUCACCUUAGGCUGGUUCAUCAUCUACACCGAAACUAGCAGCCCAAUGACAUACCUUGCUUGGGUGAUUCUCGGUAUAGCCGUUGGUAUUGCCCAUACGAUAAAUCCAAUGUACGUGUCAGAAAUCGCCGACAUCAACCACAGAGGCGCUCUAAGUACUAUAAUCACAGCGAACUUUUUCAUCGGGAAACUGGUAACCUGCAUCGUACCACUCUUGCUGACGAACAAGCCACUCCUGUUGUUUCUUGUAACAGUAUCCUUUAUAUCCUUGUGGCUGAAUACGUGUUUCCCCGAAACUCCGUAUUUCUUGGCGGCAAAAGGUAAAAAGCAGGAAGCAUGCAAGUCGAUACAAUAUUACAAAGGCAUUGUAGAUCCCCAAAGAGUGAAUGUCGAACUACGUGCUCUACGUGCACAAGCCAGAAACAAAUCACACCUACAAUCCAGUUACGAAUUAGAACAACAACCCAGAGGCGAUUUACACUCACAAUCCAUACCCUCAAUACACUCAGAAGUCAUAUUCGAAAAGCACCCGCAACCCACAGGUGAAGUACGCUUACAACACUCGCGCGACACACCCGAAUUACCCCUACAACCCCAGCGCGAAUUACGCUCUCAAUCCACAAGCGAAUUACACCGACCACCUACAAGCCAAAUAUACCGAACACCCAUAUGCGACAUACACCGAUCACCCACAAACCAAAUAUACGGACGAUCCGAAAGCGAGUUAACCCGAUGGGUCACAAACCAAAUAUACCAACCACCUACAAGCCGAAUACACCUGUCACCAACAAGCCAAAUACAUCUAUCAUCCACAAGCGCAAUACACACAGAACCCACAAGCGAAAUGCACCGACAAUCCACAAGCCAGGUACAGCCAGAACCCAGAAGCGAAAUACAAGCAUCAUCCACAAGCCAAAUAUAUCGACCAUCUACAAGCGCAAUACACCCAGAACCCACAAGCGAAUCGCACCGACAACCCACAAGCCAGGUACACCCACAGCCCACAAACGAAGAACAUGAACUAUCCACAAGUCAAAUACAUAGAACAUCUACAAGCCAAACGCACCGACCAUCCUCAAGCGAAAUGCUACGACCACCUACAAGCCAAAUAUACCGACCACCCAUAUGCGACAUACUCCGAUCACCCUCAAAUCAAAUAUACGGACGAUCCGUACGCGAGUUAAACCGAUGGGCCACAAACGAAACAUACCGACCACCUACAAGCCAAAUAUACCGACCACCCAGACACGAAACAUUUCGAUCAUCCACAGAACAAAUGUACGGACGAUCCAUACGCGAAAUACUCCUAUCUGCCACAAACGAAAUAUACCAACCAUCCACAAGCCAAAUACGACGAUCACCCACAAGCCAAAUACAUCGACCAUCUACAAGCGCAAUACACCCAGAACCUAUAAGCGAAAUGCACCGACAAUCCAUAAGCCAGGUACAACCAGAACCCACAAGCGAAAUACAAGCACCAUCCUCAAGCCAAAUACAUCGACCAUCUACAAGCCAAACGCACCGACCAUACACAAGCGAAAUACAACCAGAACCCAGAAGCGAAACACACUUGGAAGACACAAGCGAAAUACACACAAGCAAUUUAAUCACACAAUCCUGUUUAACCAAGCUGAAAUUAAUACUACAACGAAGCAACCGGAAAGCUCUGUUUAUCAUGCUUGGCUUGAUUAUGGCACAACAUCUUAGCGGAAACUUCAUCACUGUGCAGGAUUUGCAACUGGUUUUAAAAGAAGCAAAAGUCGUUAACGAUCUAUACGGAGGGAUGAUUGCCAUCCAGUUUAUCAAGUUUCUAUCUAACGGUUUAACCAUGUUUAUGGUGGAUUUGGUUGGAAGGAGAAAACUUUUGAUUCUAUCUACGUUUGGGUCGAGUCUUACAUUGACUAUUCGAGCAACUUAUCUUUUGUUAGGUAUGUUUAAGAUUGACGUUUCCAUCGUCUCUCUGCUUCCCGUUAUCGACUUAAUUAUAUAUCAAGUACUGUUUCAAAUUGGUUUAGGUACAUUACCCUAUGUUCUCCUAUGCGAGUUAUUUCCUACGGAACUAAUGGGGUUUGUUGCUGCCAUCAUUGUGAUUUUCGAUUAUAUAAUUGGCUUUUCCGUGUCGAAACUGCAUCUAGAGAUUCUCGAUAAGAUAGGGUUGUGCGUGACUUCCUACAUCUUCGCUAUAGCAUGCAGUACGACAUUUCUGAUGGUGGGGCUAUGGGUACCGGAAACGAAAGGAAGAACAUAUCAGCAGAUUGAAGCGCUUCUAGAUGGUAAUAAUUUGAAUUCUUCGAGUGAAGAAGUUAUACUCGAUGAUGAAAUGGAAACUCAAGGUAUAUGACAGGAGAAAUUGCAUCGUACACCCGUGGCAUGGUGUUUACUUACUCGGAAUAGUCUAUUUCUCAUUAUUAUUAGUGUAACGAUAAAGAUCUACAAUUUUACCACGAUAUGCGAUUUUUGUAGUAAUGUAGUUUUCUUCGUUUAUACGUGUAAUUUUAGAAAAGUGUCUAACGAAAGUGAUGGAGAUUUACAAACAUAUGUAUCGUAUAAAUUGACCUGCAUUGAACUGAGAGGAACACAUGUUCUCAAACUAAUCUUUUUAUCCAUUUCAUAACUCGACAAUGCAACAAUAUCAAUUAAGUCGAGAUAAUUGAACAACAGUUUGCAAAGGUAAGAAAAGUAAUAUAUUAAAGAAUGACAAGGUAACAUAAUACUGACAAGAACAAUUUUUUAUAUCUCAGCUGCUAUCUAUACCGUUAUUUUUUGUUUCCAAUAUAUAACAUAUGUAUAUCACAUAUACACAUGUUAAUAUUGUUAAGGUAAACAACAUGUAUGUUGAAAAAGUCAGUAUUUAUGUUAAAAAUAAUGUAAUAUAAUUAAUAUAACACAUUGCUAAUAAGUACAUAUGUUACAAUGUGUUUGUCAAUGAUAAGCAUAUGUGUUUACAUAUAUAAAAAUAUAUGUGUAAGACACGGCUUUUUCGGUGUUAUAUUAUAAUUAUUACUGAAAAAUAUCUGAAUAUGUUAGUUCGAAUAUUAUAGCAAUUACUGUACCAUAACAGAGUAAUAAAUAUCUAGCCUUGUCUAGCAGAAAUUCUAUCAAACUGUUGAAUGUUAUAUUCGGUAAAUUACGACUAUAAUAAUAGUGUUCACUUCAGAAAUUUAUAAUAUUUCCUACUUUUAAAACACUAUAAUUAUUAAAUAGCGAAAAUUUAAAUAUCGAUAAUUUUAUAAAGCCGUGUCUAUUAACAAUUAUGUAUUUAUUGCAUAUAUUUAAAACAAAUAUUUUAUUAAAAAGCUACAAGAAACAUGGAUUUACUAUGUAUAUAUAAAGGCACAAACAAGAUUUUAAAUGUUCUGUUUUAUUUAAGUUUUAUUCCAGACGAAUUUAUUACAGAUACCCCUAGUGAAAAUUAAUUAAAGGAGUCCGAAUGAAGAUGAGUCAACUGUAAUACCAAAUACUGCUAACGUCCUAAACCUACGUCAUGCUAAAUCAGUAACGUCGAGAACAAUAUAAAUAUGGUAAGAAAACCACCAAGUUUACUGGGUAAAGCACUCUGAAUAGCGACCUUCUCUUCCACGGUACCAUCGCGCCUCCACUUUACCAAUGUAAUACUAAUUUUGUAUAAAAGAAUUCGGACAAAUUUUUUUUGCCAUUGAUUUGCAAAAUAUUAGUUCUUUGAUCGUUAUGGAAAACAAACAACAAAAACAGCUGUAAAAAGGACCGAAGCGUAAAUUUACAACUGAAUGUAAAGUUCUAGUUAAACCAAAAACUAAAUCGCAUUAAUAUUAUAAUUCUCUGUGAGAUGGUAAUUCGUACAUGUAUCGAUAUUUCAAACAUUCACUAUUAUAAAAACGCGACUAGAUGUGACAUUGUAUGGGACUCUGUCGCGUGUUCUGAAACGCAACUAUCGAAAAAUAUCAGUGCUUUUAAUGUUCUCUACAAUUAAUAACGUUGCGUCCCGACGAAUGUAAUUAUCUGAAAAGCGUACUCGCUACAUUUCCAUUAUGUGAUCGUUUGAAUGUGCUACGUUUUAUAUACUUGGAAUUUAAUUGUGAAAAUUUAUAAGUGGUUAUACAUUAUUCCGAUGGAUUGCAACAUUUAAAAAUCUAAAAAAUUACAAUAAUAAAUUAAUUAU